AUGGCUGAUAUCGGACAAGCAAUAAUGUUUGAUAUACCAGCAAUUCAAAUGAAAGGAGAAGGCACUGAGAGUCAUGGUUAUAUUGCAAAUUUAGGUGUUGUUCCUACUCAUCGUAAACUAGGGAUUGCAAACAAACUCAUGGAUGCUGCUCAGGACGCGUUAGUAAAAGAAUAUGGGUCUGAACAUGUUUCUCUUCAUGUUCGAGCAGGUAAUCAGGCUGCAAUUGAUAUUUAUACUGAAAAGUUAGGAUAUAAUUAUGAGAGUGUAGCUCCUUCUUACAAGGAUGGGGAAGAUGCUUUUGUUAUGAGGAAACAACUUUAA